AUGAUAAGACAACGAAGUAUAGCAACACCGCAACAAUUUUCAUUUUCAUUUAAUCCUGCAAGUCAAAUUCGCGGUGCAAGAGCAUGCAAUUUACCUCAACAAAUAGGUACCGGUCCAUAUCGUAUACCGCGAUGGUACUAUAAUUCAGCUAGAAUGCGAUGUGAAUUAUUUUACUGGUCUGGUUGUUGUGCAAACGGAAAUAAUUUCCCAUCAAUUCAUAACUGCCAAAAAUUAUGCGAAGUUGACCCGUGCAAGCAAGAUUUGGAUCAGGGACAUGGCAAUGCUCGACAAACCCGAUAUUAUUUCAAUAAAUAUUCCAGAGCAUGUGAGCAGUUCAACUAUCGUGGUAUUAACGGAAAUCGGAACAAUUUUGAAUCCUUACAGCAAUGCCAGCAGCAGUGUUCAGAAGUAUUGGGUCCAUGCGCAUAUGGUAGCAGCACACCUCAAAAACCUUGUUUUGAUAACGGUGCUUGUGAUGCCAAUCAAUUCUGUCAUAUUGGACUGUCUUUAUUAACCACCGUUUGCUGCAAUCGAUCCCCAUCCGGAGAUCGAUGUCAUCAGAUGUUAAAUAUAGGUUUAGGGAAUGCCUUUCUACGGCGAUGGUACUUCAAUGUUAAUACAGAACAUUGUGAACCAUUCAUUUAUAGAGGCUUACAGGGCAACGAAAAUAAUUUUUUAAGUCAAAAAGACUGUCAAAUGUCUUGUUUCGUAAAUCCAUGUGCUGCCGGUGAGCCAUAUCAGAUUCAAGGGAAUAUUAUCCAGUGCUCACCGGCCAAACCAUCAAUAUGUCCACCUGGACAUUAUUGUCACAUUGGAGCUGAACUACAAACAACUGUUUGCUGUCCAAAUCUUGGCGGUAACGCAUGUGAGCAACAGAUGGACCAAGGCCAAGGACAUUAUCAGUUACAGCGAUGGUACUGGAAUGUUGCGAAUCAACGAUGCAUUCCUUUCGUUUAUGCUGGCUUGAAAGGCACACAAAAUAACUUUUUAAACCAAGAAACUUGCGAGAGAACUUGCCACAUAUUCGAGAAUCCGUGUGUGUCAGGUAAACCACAACAGGGAAUGAAUAAUCGUCCGCUGAGUUGUAACUCAAACAACAAUUGCGCAGCAUCAUAUUGGUGUCAUAUUGGAGCAAUACCACAAACAACAGUAUGUUGUCCCGGCAGAGUAGACAAAUCGAUUGCAUGUCAACUGUCACUUGCAAUUGGUGAUGGUGGAGCCAAUCUUCAACGAUGGUACUUUAAUAGUAAUAUUCAUCAAUGUAUGCCAUUUACUUACGGCGGUUUACACGGGAACCAAAACAAUUUCCUCACUCAACAACAGUGCGAGCAAUCCUGUCCCGUAUUUGUAAAUCCAUGUGCUCUGGGUGAAGCGCAAAUUGGACAGAGUGGGCGUCUACAAUUAUGCAUUUCACAUAAUCAAUGUGCUAAUGGUUAUUGGUGUCACAUUGGCGCAGUCUCGCAAACAACUGUAUGCUGUCCGGGAAGAGCACAGGGAUAUGCAGUUUGUUUGCAAUCAAUGACUGAAGGAAGGGGUGAUGCAAGUUUACAACGAUGGUACUAUGAUGUGAAUACCAGGCAAUGCCUACCAUUUACUUAUCACGGUUUAAUGGGCAAUCAAAAUAACUUCAUCAGUAAACAACAAUGUCAACUGACUUGCCUUGCUUAUGUGAAUGUCUGUCCACGAGGUGUUCCAUUGCUGGAAAUGAGCACCAAUCAACCACGGCUUUGCACAUUUGGUACAAAUAGUUGUGGUCCAAACUAUUGGUGUCAUCUGGGUUUAGUACCAAAUGAGUAUCAAUGUUGCCCUGGUGCGGAAACCAAUCUUGCAGCAUGCAAGAUGCCAUUUUCAACUGGUGUUAAAGGAGCACCUGCACCAUCUGCAAACCGUUGGUACUACGAUAUAGCUACAUUAACCUGCAAAAUGUUCGAGUAUAAUGGGAGAAAAGGGAACCAAAAUAAUUUCAUAACUGAAGCUGAUUGCGCAGAUACUUGCAAAGUUUUUCUGAAUCCAUGUAAUCGAUCAAUAUCACUACCACCUCAGACUUGUUCCGGUUUACGGGAAUGUCCCAUUGGCACCUAUUGCCAUUAUGGUUCAACUUCGGAAACCACAAUUUGUUGUCCUUCUGAAGGAAAUCGUUGCGAGCAGCCAAUGUCAAGCGGUACUGGUAAUGAAGCAUUGCGGCGAUGGUAUUACAACACGCAGAAAGGCAUCUGUGAAAUGUUUAUGUAUAAUGGAUUGCAUGGCAAUGCAAAUAAUUUUUUAACCAAAGAGAAUUGUGAAAUUGCCUGCAAAAUAAAUCCCUGUCAACCAUUUAUCACUUCAAAUGGUAUUUAUCAAACGUGUGUUGCAUCAUCAUUACACAUAAACAGUUGUCCUAAUGGCUAUUGGUGUAACCCUGGCAGUAAUUCACUUACAACAAUUUGUUGUCCUGGAGCGGUUAAUGAUCCAUGUAAUUUGCCUAUGAUAACAGGCGAAGGAAAUGAAGAAUUAGAACGUUACUAUUACGAUCCAAUGACAGGAACAUGUCGAGUUUUUAUAUAUCAAGGUAUGAAAGGGAAUCAGAAUAAUUUCCUAUCACAGAUAGCCUGUCAACUACGAUGUCGUCCAUCGGAAAAUCCAUGUAUUGGACAACCAGCAACAAAUACUGCAGGACAAAUACUUUUUUGUUCAGCAAUCAACAAAGAAGUAUGUCCAGUAAAUUUCUGGUGUCAUGUUGGUGCAACACCGGAAACAACCGUCUGCUGUCCUGGAGCAACAAACCCAUGUUCGGUACCACUUUCACCAGGUUCCGGUAAUGCGAAUCUAUCGCGAUGGUACUAUAGUUCCAAUAAUCGUGAAUGUUUACCUUUUCAAUACAAUGGUAUACGUGGUAAUCAAAAUAAUUUCUUAUCGCAAACGCAAUGCUCGAGAACUUGUCCAGAGGGUGGGGUUUUGUUUCAGUAUUUGGGAAAUUAUCCAUCUGUUGGAAAGUUUGCGCAAGAUGGGAAAGAAAAGCAAUCAGCUGAAGCUAAAUGCUUGCAAUACCGGCUAUUUUUGUUCACUUGGAAAUAG